CUCUCCUCCUCUUCCCUCCGCCACUUAAUAUAAAUACACUCUUUGCUGCAAUUCACUCUCUACACUCGAUCGAUCUAAACACUUCUCCUCACUCUCUCCCUUUUUCACCUCUUAAUCGUCCCCUCUUCGAUUUGUAUUACGCAAUCGGUUACACGGGUCGAACCUUGUAGUGUCUUAUGGGUGGUCUCGAGGCGGAGGAGCGGCCGUUGGCAGGGGUUGCAGACGAUGGUUCUUUGAUGAUCAUCAAGGGCAAGCGCACGAAGCGCCCCAGGACACCGUCCGCGUGCGGUGGUGGUAGCAUAACUGCAGCGUCAAGUUCAUCGACCAGUGGCGGCAGCGGAGGCGGAGAUUGUGAUUUAUAUCCAUCGUCGUCCUCCGGGACGAUGUUGGAGAGCACUGAGGAGAAGGACAUGGCUUACUGCCUGAUUUUGCUCGCUCAGGGCCCCCGGAGGCAGAGAGACGAGGACCAAGCCGACGCCAAAAUGGAAAGUGAUGAGUUUUCGGGGAGUAGUAAGAAGUUCUCCGAGGUGGCCACCACGGGCGGCGCUUCCUCUAGGGCGGGCUUCUACGUGUACGAGUGCAAGACGUGCAGCCGGACUUUCCCUUCGUUCCAGGCCCUCGGUGGCCACCGGGCCAGCCACAAGAAGCCCAGGCCAGCGGAGGACCCAAAGAAGUCCCCCACUGAACCGAACUCUGAUGAAGACGAAGAAGUAGGGCAAUUCCGUAAAAUCACCAUCAGCCCGCCACUCAGCUCCUCCAUCCCUAACUUCCCGAGCAAAUUACUGCAAGCUAGCAAGCCAAAGAUCCACGAGUGCUCGAUAUGCGGAUCAGAGUUCUCGUCAGGCCAAGCCCUCGGUGGUCACAUGAGGCGGCACAGGGCUGUGGCGGCCCCGCCCACCACGAGCGGCCACGCGACUAUGAUUGAUUCUGUAAUCACCGACCACUACAGUCACGGCCCUCGCAUAGUCGGUGAAAACACCUCACGGCCAGGUGCAGUCCUAUCACUAGACCUCAAUCUCCCGGCACCAGAGGAUGACCCGAAGUUCCAAUUCGCACCAGCUCCGGCACAGAAGCCACUUUUGUUCUCCGGGCCGGCCCUGGUGGAUUGCCACUAUUAAGGGAUCAAGAUUAUAGAUGAUCCGCACAUACAUCACACAGCCAUAAAAUGUUAAAUUAAACUGUUCAUUAAUUGCCAUUACAGUUAUUAUAUUGAUAUUGAUUUGAUCACGAUGAUGAUGAGCCAAUGAAUAUGUCGAAUUCUUUAUAUUCUUUACAA